AUGUUUUUCGUAACUGUUUUAAAAAAUAUACCUAAUAUUAGCCUACACAAUAUAAAAAGUGAAUACUGGGAAAAAGAUGACCUGGUUGCCGACGUACUGCAGCAACUUGUAAUCGAUCUUGGAGGAGAGCUGUCAUCCGACAGCGAGAUCGAAAGUGAAGAAGAAGACAGUUUAGACCAUGAUAUUGUACCAAUUAUUUAUAGUGAAGAUGAAUUUUGA